AAUCAAAUCCCCAAGCAAAGCAAGUCAAUGUUUAUUCUCAGAUUUUAUUCAAUAUAUUUUUAGUAAAAAUUUAUAAAAGGAACUGCCAAGAAUAUUAUAUAUUCAAAGACAAUGAUUGCUGGUGUAAAAGUCAUUUGGAUUGUACUCUCUGUGAUUCUCUGUGCCCAGGGACAGCCAAGGAAUGGCGGCACUGAUAAACGCUUUCCUUACCACAGUUCACUGAAUAGUGACAAGGAUCAAUUUAAGGAUACGAGUGCAUACUUGCAUUCAAAGUCGGAACUGAUGGGAAAACUCAAAAGAUCGCAAGGAUUGGACACUAAUGAUAAACUGAUGGAUAACGAUCGACUAGCUUCAAAUAUGGGCAUAUCGGGUGAAGACGAUCAAAAUAUGCUAAACACCUGCCAGGUGCUUCAGAAUUCUGGUCCAAUUACUUACUCCAAUCAGGCUCCUUAUUAUCAACAAUUGGAGCAGCAAGUAAACUGCGAGGUUUUGCCCAAUGCCUAUGCCGAAGCAGAUGAGACGGAGCAGAGGCGCCAGGAUCUGCGCAAUCUCGUCCAGCAUUUGUAUGUGGCCCAGGCGCGGGUCCAGCUGGAAGCUACCGAGAUCAAGAAGGCUCAGGCGGUGGCCUCUGCGGCCCAGACCCAGUUGGAGGAUUCGGCCAAUCAAGUGCGAAGUGUCACUGCCUCGCUGCAUACCGCCCAGCAGGAGGUGGCCGCCUCAGCUAUCCGUGCCCAGAUUGCCCAGCUUCAGCUGGCUGCUCAUGACCAGUUGCUCUUCGCUGCUCGCCAGGAUGUGGAUGCUUUGUCCUCGCAAAUGGUGGGACUACAGGCAGCCGAGGGUAUUGUUCAGCCCAAGCUCACUGUGGAUCUGCAUGCGCUGUUGGAUAAGCUGAAGCAGCCACUCCAGCAGAACGAUCAUCCCACUCCCGUACCGGCCAUCGUUAUGAGUAUUCCUGGAAUGCCCUCGCAUCAACAACAGCAGCAGCAGCAGCAGCAGCAGCAGCAACAGCAACAACAGCAGCAGCAGCAACAGUGGCAGCCACAAGGUCAGAGUCAGAAUCCUGGACAACCUCGAAUGCCGGAUACCCUAGGAUAUGCAGGCAGCGAAUUAAUGCCCAGAGGAAAGCGCUUUUCCAAAUUGGAAAAAUAUCAAAAAUAGAUAUUCCUGGGGAUCCUAAGUAUUAAUUUUAGUUGAUUUUGAACCUCCAGAAGAUUUGUUCUGUGUAACCCUGUUGUUUC